UUGCUGUGACAAGUGAAUGUCCCCAUUGUGGGAUUAAUAAAGUUAUCUAUGUAUCUAUCUAUAUCAGAUAUGACUCAUUUUUUUUUAUUAUCUCCUUGUUGUGAUGUUGCAGGAGUAUCAACAGCCUUGCGGAUGUGCUACAGGGGGUACGGUUACCCUCUCACCCUGUUCCUGGAGGAGGGUGGGGUAGUGACUGUGUGCAAGAUCAACACACAAGAACCCGAAGAGCCAAUUGACUUUGAGUUCUGCAGCACCAACGUCACAAAUAAGGUGAUCCUGCUGUCAGAGAGUCUCAAGGAAGCGUUCUCUGAACUGGACAUGACCAGUGAGGUGUUACAGAUCACCAUGUCCCCCAGCCAGCCAUACUUCAGGUUGUCUACGUUUGGGAACUCUGGAAAUGCGCAUUAUGAUUAUCCCAAAGACUCUGACAUGAUGGAACUAUUCCGAUGCACCAAAACACAAACCAACAGGUACAAGAUGUCCCUGCUGAAGCCGUCCACCAAAGCCCUGGCUCUCUCCUGUAAAGUCUCUGUGAGGACAGACAGCAGGGGCUUCCUCUCUCUACAGUACCUGGUCAGGAACGACGACGGACAGAUCUGCUUUGUGGAAUUUUAUUGUUGUCCUGACGAGGAAGUGGAGUAGGAGUGAUUACAGUCCACUGAAUUCCUCUUUGAAUAAGCAUCUUAACUUCAGCGGCGGCCAGUCGCUUUGAAUGAGAAGACAAAAUCUGCCAGAGGAGGCAGUGCAGCCAGUGGGGAGCACACAGGGGAACAAUGCUGGACUAAAUCGGCACAGUGGAUAAUGGACACAGUGGGGAAAAGUUGCGUUGUUCAAGUUUGGUCAAGUUUGAGUGGAGCAACACCACGUGAAGGAUAAUGUCACCUACAUGGUGUUAUGUACCUGUAUGAAGUUCAUCAUUUCAGACGGAUACGGAAAAUGACUGUUACUGUAUAUUGUAUUGUUAGUUACUAUGGAGACACAGAUAGUGGGAGUUAUUGUUUGUAGUCCAGUUGCAGCCAUGAUUGUCUGUGUUAAGUGUUUUAGCUCAUCUUUCUGGAGCCUCUUCUGCCUUUUUUCCUUUGACUUAUGCACUGAGCUGGUUGACAGCCCAUAAAAGAGGGUAUCUAUAGAAAUGGCACAAUGAUACAUUUUUCUCAAGGUGUCUGGUGUAGCGUGUUAAAGUAAUCUACACAGGCCCAGGACUAUACAUACAUUGCCAUAAUGGCCGUUCAUGUUGAAAGUAUAUUCUAAAAACCAUUUAUUUGGAGUGUACAUCAGAUGAUACAGUUUUGAUUAUAUUUUAUUUCAAUGACAUAGAAAACAACUGUAGCCACUUAAAAGCAAUAAACAAGGUUUUUCUUACA